UAUUCAAAAUUGAUAAUAUUUUGGUUCAAGUGAAUAGAUUGGCCAUGUUAAAUUAUGAUCCUCAUUGAUAUGAACUCCAUAAGUAGACUACGUUAUUAUUUGAUUACUCUGCAUAAUGAUGAUGGCAAGAUUGAUCUCAAUAGCCUUUACAGGAGAAUCUCAAUAUGAAUUAAGUGUAUGAGAGGACUCCUUAGGGUAGAGUUUAAUUAUCAUGUGUAUUAAUCACAUUUUAAAUGAAAUUAAACAUUUUCAUAUAGUAAAGUUAAAUCCCUAACCCCCAACAUUGAGUACGUAGAGAGAGCGUAAAAGUUUAGAGUAAGAGUGAUCGAUUGUGUUACUUAUAGAGAGG